UUGCAGGUUCGUGAUUCUUUAGUCGCGAGCAGACCUUGAUUUCGAACGACGGAACGCGCAAAAGACUGUUUUGCUUUUACGCUGCAUUCACACACGUCUUUCUCGCGCACGCACGUCUCCAGCUGCAACAGCAUCCUCACAAGACGACCCCAGCCAAUCGAGUGUCGUCACCCCAGAACCAUCCACCCCGAAGCUCCUGUCUCAUCGCCAGCGGGGAUCCCGUUUCCAACUCUCGCCAUGUCGACCCAACCUCUGCUCCAGACUGCCCCAGGCAAGCGCAUCGCGCUCCCCACGCGCGUGGAACCCAAGGUCUUCUUCGCCAACGAGCGCACCUUCCUCUCAUGGCUCAACUUCACCGUCAUCCUCGGCGGGCUAGCCAUUGGCCUCCUCAACUUCGGCGACAAGGUCGGAAAGAUUAGCGCUGGCUUGUUCACGCUCGUCGCCAUGAUGGCUAUGAUUUACGCGCUGUUUACGUUCCAUUGGCGCGCGAAGAGCAUUCGCAUGAGGGGCCAGGGCGGCUUCGACGACCGGUUGGGGCCGACGGUGCUUACGAUUGCGCUGUUUGCUGCGGUGGUGGUGAACUUUGUGCUGAGGUUGAGUGUUGGGGAUGGGAAGUAGAGGGCCCGGCGGGAGAUGGAAUGAUGUUUAUGGUUGGAAGAGAGGGAUCCUCGAGGGACGUAUCUCGAUGUCUGCCAUGAUGCACGGUCGACGCAGCAGCGUGAUUGUCCAGACGAAGCGGUAAUUCACAAACAUGUUUAUAUCUAAGAUGAGGGGCUGUGGGGGUUGGGGGCAGCUUUGCGAAGCUCAUGUUCAUAUUGGGGUGUAUUGGGACUGUUCCACGGCAUUGUUUUCUUUAGCUCUCAUCAGUAUUAUCAUUGAAAAGUUGCGUUGCUAUGGUAGCUCUCAACAAGCCGAUACGCCGACUUGGUGGAUGUUUCAACUAUAAGU